AUUCACACACACACACACACGGAGAUAGAAUUACUAAUAUUUGCUACUAAUGGGAUAAUAAGCUGGUGUCUCUGUGCAAUGUGCAAAACAAGAGGCCUUCCUUCAUUAGCUUUCAAUACAAUGUUAAACUAAAAGACUUUUAACUAAUCAAAUAUUUUAUUUUACUCCUUAAAAUUGACAAGAAGGGGGUCCAUAAAUAAUCACAUAAGAAACUUUUGCAGUGUUCACCAAGAGGAUGAUUUAAACGGGGUUGUGGGUUGGGAAGUACGUCUCGUUCUUCUUGUUUGGUUGAUGGGAAAAGGGUAGUUUUCCGUUUGGGGAAAGUGGUUUUAUGAGUAUGGAAACCGGUGGGUUUGGCGUUUCAGACAAGGCAUCGCCAUCACCAUCGCCAUCAUCAUCAUCAUCAGCUGCCAGAGCUGCGAGUAGUAUUGAUGAUGACCGGCUGGAGGGCGGUGGACUUGGAUUGGGUUUGAAGCUGCAACGCAUCGAAUCCUUCCCUUUUAGGAUCACGGCUCAUCAGGACCGUCCCUUCCCCUCAUCUGCAACAUCCGGAGGUGAUGGCCCCACCCCUCUCAUCGGAGAUGGUGAUGAUCAUAUAUACUAUGUUUCAGCGGCAGCAGCCGCAGCAGCUGGUGCUGGCGCUGGUACUGCUGGUGAUGCUGCAGUUUUAAAGGCUAAUUUGCAGCAGCCUUUUCUCGUUUCAACCAGCACUGCUUCUUCUUCUUCUCCUUCUUCUUUUACUCCCAGCACCGCCUUCAAAUCCCCAGGUGCAGCAGGAGGGAUGGCAGCAUCUGUGGGGUUUCCUUUUACGGUGGCUCAGUGGAGGGAGCUUGAGAGACAAGCUAUGAUCUACAAGUAUAUGAUGGCCUCUGUUCCGGUUCCUCCCGAUCUUCUCACUCUCGACCCUUUUCUUCCGUCAUCUGCUACUUCCCACUACCACACCUUGGUCGGGGGGUCUGCUGCUUCGGUACUCAAUCUGCGGUUCGCGAAUGGAAGUGCGGAUCCGGAGCCGGGGAGGUGCCGGCGAACGGACGGGAAGAAAUGGAGGUGCUCGAGAGAUGUGGCCCCCAACCAGAAGUACUGCGAGCGUCACCUGCACAGAGGCCGUCCCCGUUCAAGAAAGCCUGUGGAACUGAAAGCACCUGAAAAUCUAAAUCCCUGCAAAGUUUCUGAAUCUACUUUAAAAAACAAUGGUGCUUCUGCUUCUGCUUCUUCUUCCCCGUCUUCCUUGUUUCUCAAGCCCACCACUCAAGAGUCCCACCAGAGACCUGCUGCCUCGCAUUUUCAAUCCUGUUUCUCUGCUGCUAAUUCAUACAAAGAACCCAGGAGCUUGGAGUGGGCAAUGAAGCAAGACGAAACUGAUCAACAGUAUUGGCAGCGUUUGAUGCAAACUAAGAUAGGAUUAACCACUGAAACCUCGUUUUCCAGUGCCAGUACCUCUGUUUUUCACCAACAUUACGAACCAGAGGAGCCUCCAAAGUACUUGAACGCUUAUAGACAGUUCGCCACCUGCGAAGAUAAGCAGCAGAGCCCGAGAGCUUUCAUCGACGCCUGGUCCAACGCCGUCACGGACACCCCCGCCGCCGCCAACAACAACGAUUCCUCUAUUUCUUCAAACGCGAAGCUCUGUCUCUCCAAUCUCAACCUUUCCAUGGCCAUGGCUGGAGGCGAACUCAUAGAGGAGGAGAUGGGUUUGGAAGCUGAUGCUACCGAUCAUUCAGAUCGAAACAAUCGAAACUGUCAUGUCUCUUGGGCAGCUUCCGCGCCGGGAGGGCCACUAGCCGAAGUGUUACGCCGGAGCGGCGUCGCUGCCUCAACUUCGACGUCUCCUCACCCCGGACACGGCGAUUCAGGGAGCCCUCCGGCGACCGGAAUGUCUUCUCCAUCUGGGGUUCUCCACAAAACGCUCGUUUCUCUGUCGGAUAGCAGUGGGAGCAGCAGCCCCACGAUUGGGACUUCGACGGCGAGAUCUGAGAUUGCUUUCUGGUUGAUGAAUCACAACACCUAGUGGGCAAAUUAAUUCCUGAGGAAAAAUUAGCAAAUUAGGAGAUGUCUGCUUUGGGAUUUCUUCAACUUGGCGGUUGCUUUAGUACCUUCUCAACUUUAUUUGCGUAUUUUCUUUGCAUCUGAACUAGCUGUUUUGUUUUACGGUUUGUCAAAUGUUGAUGGAUCAUGUUCAAAAUUACAGAAGUCUACAUUGUGUGUUGGAUCGUUAAUACAAUUGCUCUUUCAGAGGCUAA